CGAACAUCUCGGGUUUAUGCUUUUUCUCGUGCCUCUCUGGAAUUCAUACUAGAUCUUCGUAAUAUCCAGACAUUUGACGUUUUCAUCAUCAAAGGGAUAUGGCGGGUAUACAUAGUCAAGUUUACCAUGUUAGGUAAACCUUGGAACCUGUUCAAUAAGCGCCGGCUCACCCCGAGAAGCGACGUUGGCGGGCAGACCCCAGUCAAGUUUAACAAGAUGAAGUUUCACGAUGGCGUACACCAGAAGCCAGUCGGAAUCUGUCAGAUUCCAACGACAUUGAAGGAGUAGAUGAGCCUCAGCUUAUGGUUAAUUAUUCCACCGCUCAGGACAAACCUCAACCGAGGAGACGGGUUGGAAUAGCCCACAGGAAGGAGUGAGCAUGGGUGAGCCUCCGCCCCUUGUUCCUCCCCAAGGCAAAUUGGGGAUUUUAGCGCGCCUGCUCACCGCGAACACAGGCAUUUUUGAAACACAGACCUCAUUCGAUCAUUAAAAGUUGAUUUAUGUGGAUAAUGGUGAUCAUUUCCACACAUCCCUUGCCUCUAAAUUAUAUUGAUAUCUCUUGGACUGGGUUUCACUGCGCAUCAGGGUUGUUAGAAGUACUUCGUACCUCAGUAGACGACCCUUGGCGGCGCAUAGCAUAGCCAUGGAAAUCUAGACGGAAGUCAAAGAUAUCAGCUAAAUUUCUCCGGGUGGCGCAAAGUAUAUAGACUCUGGAGUCUCUCCUUCUUCUAAGUGAUUUCUUUCCCCAUCUCAUCCGCCUCGCGCCAGUCGCUCAUUAUCUCACACUUACACUCCUUACCGAACACUUUCGUUUCAUCAACCAACCAUUUGUGCUCAAGUCUACUCUAUCCAAAAUUCAACCUCUCAAAACACAUUGAAAUUCAAUACCGCAAAUAUGAAGUACUCAACAGUCCUGGCGUCUUCGGCAUUGAUGGCCGUCGCCUCGGCCCACACCUGGAUUUUCCAAGCCUCAGUGAAUGGUGUCGACCAAGGUGUCGGGAGUACUGCUGCAGGAAUAGACGCAAGUUUAGCAUACGUUCGAGUUCCCAAAAACAACGAUCCACUGAAAAAACUCGAUGACAAAAAUCUCGCUUGUAACAUCAACGGUGAUAUCCCCGUUGCAAAGACUAUUGAUGUCCCUGACGGCGCUGAGGUUAUCCUCCAAUGGUUCCACAACAAGCCCGACCCCAAGGAUGAUAUCCUAGACAAAUCCCACGUGGGACCAGUCACGGCCUGGAUGUCGCCAACUUCAUCAAAUGGAGCUGGAGACGUCUGGGUAAAGAUUGCUGAAGAGGGUUUCUCAGGUGGAAAAUGGGCCACCGACAAUCUGAUUGCCAACAGGGGCAAGCAGACUUUCAAGAUCCCAGCCGGUAUCGCACCAGGAGAAUACCUUCUUCGUGGUGAGAUCAUUGCCCUCCACGAGGCUGAUUCAACCGAAGCAAAAGGGCGUGGUGCUCAAUUGUACAUGGAGUGUGUUCAGAUCAGGAUCACUGGUUCUGGUGCCACCGUAAGUCACUUCUAGAAUCAAACUAUUCGAACAUCAACUAACACAUAAUAGCCUCUCCCAGCAGGAGUUGCCAUUCCAGGUGUUUACAAGACCGAAGACCCAGGUAUUCUUUUCAACGUUUAUGGUCAAUUCGACUCAUACCCCAUUCCUGGUCCAAGACCCUUUACUGGUGGAGCAGGAGGAGCGGCACCUGCUGGCAAUGAUGCUAAGCCCGCUGGAGACGCCCCAGCUGGAGCACCACCAGCUACCACCCCAACCCCAACUGGUGCACCUGUCAAGAAGGCCGAUGCAACCCCAACACCAGCUCCAGCAGGCGAACCUGUCAAUGAUAGCUGCAACAACAUCAAAGACAGCACCCCAACCACUCUUGAUAAGGUCACUGUCAAGGCCACUCCCGCUCCUGGAGGAGAGGGUGGCGGAACCAUUGCUAAGCACGGUCAAUGUGGUGGAACAGGUUUCACUGGAUCAACCCAAUGUGAAACUGGAUCGUCCUGCAUUGUUCUGAACGAGUACUACUCCCAAUGCACCUAAGUCAUUGAGGAUGAGCAUCUUGUGGCGAGAACUUUCUUUUGGAUAAAGAAAACAAAUUACGACUGGGCUCGAAGUCCUGAGCAUUACUUUCAUGUAUAAAAUACAUUUGACCCUGCUUGCAGGUAUCUUCUUACUGUCUUGGAUAUCUUGAUUCAAGACAAUUGAUCUUUGGUGGUGUAUGGAACAGGCGUCGAGCGA